UAGACGACAAAAUGGCGGAAAGAAGUAAGAACUUCUUGCUAGACUUACAGCAAAAGUCAGGAAAUGACGUGUGUGUCGACUGUGGUGCCAAAGAUCCAGAAUGGGCUUCGUACAACAUUGGUGUGUUUCUUUGUCAGGACUGUGCAGGGAUACAUCGUAGUAUGGGCACACACAUCAGCAAAAUCAAGUCCAUAAAACUAGACAACUGGGAGAAUAGUCAGUUAGAGCUUAUGGCAGCCAUGGGGAAUGAAAAGGCAAAGAGUAACUAUGAACAAUUUGUUCCAGCUUUCUACAGACGUCCAAAGAGUACAGAUCCACUUGUGCUGAGAGAACAGUGGAUCCAUGCCAAAUACGAGAGGGCUGAGUUUCAGGACCCAGAACGGCAGGCGGCUUACACCACAAACUACAGGGAAGGCACCUUGUACAAACGAGGCAGAGAUGACAAGAAGUAUUACCCUCGUAAAUUUGCUCUCUCCACUCAGAAUAAUACACUGAGCUACUUCAAUAAAGAAGUGGCACGAACGCCAAAAGCAUCUAUAAAUUUGGAUACACUUAAUGCAGUAUUUGUACCUGAGAAAACAGGAAACCCAUGCGCUUUACAGUUAAUGUUUGAUGAGAAUGGUUCAACACGGAAUGUGUUUGUGUAUGCCAAUGACCCUAAGGAAAUAGUAGAUUGGUUUCAUUGUAUUCGAGCUGCUAAAUUAAGUAGAAAACAGAUCGCUUUCCCAGACAGAGAUGCAAAUGAGAUGGCAGAAGACUUAACACAUGACUUCCUUAUGGAAGGUUGGUUGAGUAAAAUGGGCCCAAACAAUGAGCCCUACAGAAGACGAUGGUUUACUCUGGAUCGCAGGAAGCUCAUGUAUACCGAGGACCCACUGAAUGCCUUUGCCCUUGGUGAGUUAUUCAUUGGUCAUAAAGACAGUGGUGGGUACUCUGUGGAGGCAGGUGUGCCCGACGGAAAGGACGCCCCAGGGUUUGGUUUCACCCUCACCACACCUAAUCGGGUGUUCUACCUUAGUGCAGAGAGCAAAGAAGACAUGGACAAGUGGAUAGACAGCUUACAAAAGGUUAUGGAGAUGCCUCUAACGCCUCAGGACAGUAGAUUGGCCGCCACUUUGGUGAGCAAACGAAGAAGUGUUGUCUCAUUAUUUAAUAGGUAAUCAAUGCAGCCUGACCAAUCAACGAUUUUGUGGAUCACAAAAAGAAGAAAAUAAUGAUGUUGUUGGGGACGGUGCCAAGUGCCUAUCAAAGAAGCAUUCUUCGGUCUUCUGUUACAGUGGUGAGAAAUUGGAGCAGUUGUUGAUCUUGAUUAAUACAGGUAGCUCAUCUGUUUUGGUGAUAAUGCGCUCAUUCAUCAGUCAAACCAUUCUCCACUUCGGUUUAACACUGGUCUGUGGAAAAUUGAAUGAAAUGUGACGCAAAAUUUGCAAUGCCCAUUUAACACAAUUCCCUCAUUGUCAAAUUUGAAAACGAUAUGCAUUAUAGCUCAAGGAAGUAACAGCGAGAGAGGAACAAUAUGUGAUAUUUUUAAGUCCGGUGUUAAAUACCAGUGAAGUAAAAAAAAAAAGAUUAGAUAUCAUUCAACAAAAGUUAACAUUGACUUAAGGCAUCUCAGCGUUCUGAAUUGUACUGAUAAUGGAUAGGUGGUAAGUGUCUCAUACAUGUUCUUUCUGCUGUCUUUUGUGCUUUAAGCCAUAAAUAUACUCUUCUCUUGUGAGAUUAAGUGCUGCAUUAAGCAGAUGAUUCAUGUCAAUGCUGUGUAUGAACAGUAAUAUUUUAUAACUAAUAAGCAUGUGGUCAAACAUAAGUCUUCAUAUUAUAGUUGCAUUCAAAGUGAUAUGUCAGAUAAUUUUUUAGUGGAGAGACUUGAAAGUGGAAUUUACUAAAAGUCAGCCUUGGUAAUUGUCUUAAUUGCUUUAUAUUUUGUAUCUAUAUCUAUAUCUGUGGCUUUGAUACAGUAUAUCUGUCUUCAGCAAUUCUUACAUGUGUACUUUAUCUACUUUCUGCUUUGUAUGGAAUUUGACUUAAAACAUUUAGUAGAAGGCAAUAAUGAAAUGUUUGUACAUUAAAAUUUCAGACAGAAAUAAUAUGUUUUUUUUGCGUGUGAAAUAUACCAUUGUAUGGCAUUAUUACAGAACUGUGUUCUGUUUCACAAAGUGAGCCUUGACUUGAGUAAAAAUUCGAAUCUUCAAUAUAACACUCAGUUUAUGGCUGUAAACGUAUAUAUCAGGAUUUAUGUGUCGCAGUAUUUGCUUGUGUGCUUUUCCCAGUGCGUACUCGUAGGGUAUAAAAAUCUGAAUAAAUUGCAUAUCAAAAUUUUACUCAAGUGAAAGUUGGCAUUGUGGAAUUUGUUUUACAGUUGUGCAAUGUUUACAUAUGACUUGAUUUAUAGUUGGGGUUCUGUAUAUUAUAUAUUCAUAAUUACUAACUGUUUAAUUAUAUACAUUACAGCAUAUUGUAGAUGUAUCCAGGCAGUCUACUCAUGUUCUUCAUAUAAACUUUAACAACUUUUCUGUUAGGAAAUCUUUUAGCCAAUUUAUCUCUAGUGCACUGCUCACUCAAUUUUUAAAAUAUCAUAACUUUGGAUGAUUGAUACGACAGUCACACAAAAAAUACCUGCGAGAAUAAGAAAUGUUGACUUUUGAUAUUACAUGUAUAUGAUGUCUGUGCUCUGUCGUGUUUGUGAAGCUAAGUCUCCUUAAUUUUGCUGAAAAAUUUGUAAUAGUAUACAUGGAACGAAGUAUGGCUAUUUAAUAAGCAAGUUGAAGCCAGUCAGUGACCCAACAAGAGCCUGACUUACCUAAUUAUUGCUAUUUUAGUUAAUGAGUACGACAUUUUUACCCCACUAAGGAAUUUAUUUUGAUUAUACUAUUCAUGGCCAUGAUGGAAAUGUAACAUCUUCUGAUAGUUAAAUUUGAGUGCUGUUUUAUGCAGCCACAUGGAUAAAAACUUUUCUUGCUUUCUUGUUUUCAGCUGUUUUGCUUGGUUGUAUGUACAGCAUUUGUGUAUAGCUGCUCAUGUCAGACCUGGCCAGUGACAACAGCCACAGUUCAGUACUCAGUGUAACAAGACAACCAGUUCUCACCUCCACCCAGAAUAAUUCAUUUUAUUAUUUAACAUGAAUUUUAUACAUUAUUUGAUUUUUUUGAUUUUUUUUUUUUUAGAAUUGAACAUGUGAAUAGUGUGCGUAAAACACUUAUACACCUAUUUUUUUAAAUGUUUAAUAUAGUCAAACCGCAUGUUUUGGACACAAACAUAUAUAUGGCAAAGCUGUUAUGGUACCUGUUUCGGAAAAAUACAAAUGUACAGUAAAUGUACUUGAUGGUAACUGCAUUGUACCAUAAAGCCACUGUGCAUAGACUACUGUCACAAAACUUUGUGAAUCACAUGAUUCAUGUAUUAUGUAACUUGUGAGGAAAGUUGUGAAGAAUUUACUGACAUAGUUUUUUGAAAGUAGACUUGAUCAGUAAUCAAAGCUGUACAAUGAUGAGGCGAAGAGUUAAACAGUUAUAUCAGUAAUACGUCCUGCAACCACUGACAUGACUGAGUCAACCUACUGCUAAGUAUCUGCGAUGUGUUGCUGUGAUUUAUGUCAUUUGGUAUACAUGUGCAUGUCAUAUACCCUGCAUCAAAACAUCGCUUAUAAAGCCCAGUUUUUAUAUGUUUACCUGUGCCUUAAAAAUAUUGCAGCAUAGUGAUCAAUGGAUUUAUAUAUUGUACUUUUUAUUGGUAACUUUUUUGACAAAUUGUUUUUAAACAGGAGAUCCAAACUUCAUUAGUGCUUGCUUGUAUGAAAACUUUAAUUUGAUAAAAUGUAGUCUUAAUGAUGAAAUAUGAAAGUAAUAAGGUUGAUCAAAAGUAAUGAAGAAAUUCUACGUAUGAUAUUUUAUUUGUAGUACGAUUUUUAAUUGAAAGUUUUAGACAUAAUGAUAUUAACUGUAAUAAAUGUGGCUAUCAAUGGCAGGGAUAGCAGCAGAAUUUUUCUCACGAAGUCUUGAUGACAAGCCGUGCAAAUUCUAUGAAUGAAUGCUUUCCAAAGAGCAUAUAGUCAUAAAUGUUUAAACCAUAAAAUUAGCCAAAGAUUUUUUUACAGUAAAACAUACCAGAGGUUUGUCAAAUUAACAAACAAUGUUGUUAAGAACAAUAUUUGAAAAAAAAAUUGAAAUCCUUAACUUUAAACAAUAAAGAUUCAGUAGAACUACACUUUUAUAAAGCUUUGCACAAAUUUCCAGUGUGCAAAGACUUUCAGCUUAUGUGAUAUUUGGAGGGCUCACACUGAUGGAUUUUCUGUCAUUUUCUUCUGUUGAAGCUGUCACCUGUGUGUAUUUUCUAAAGGCUUUUUACCAUGUUGAAGGUCUGAUUGUCAGCAGUGAUAUUUUGUCAUGCCAAUGUACACUUUUCAAUUCUUAAAUGUUGCUGUUUUCAACGCAGUGUAUUUUUUACGCUGAAUAUGUUUUAAUCUUCAGCUAUGGGAUUAUUUCUAUAAGCAUCUGAUGCAUUCUGGCAUAUACAGUAUUAUUAUGUAAACUCACCGUUUUCUCCUUGCCAUUCCUUAAGAAAUCUUGCAAUUUAUAUUUUUAAUAGUUUCCUUUACUACAGUAGUUAGUUUAAAAUUUUGUUAAAGUUCUGAAAUUGUGAAGAAAUUUAAAAAGAAAAAAAAACAUGCUUAUAGAUAAAAUGUGAAGAAUUGAUGGUCUUCCAAUGUGGUGUAUAUAUUUCAUGUAAAUGUAUUUCCAUGAAAUGUUAUAUGGCACACAAAUAUACAAAAAAUCAGUUGGGACCAUUUUUGUGUCAUAAUUACAGAAGGCACACAUGUACAAAAUGAUGACACCAUUGAAUUAUUCAAAAUAGAAAUGAGGGGUAAAUUACAGCCUAGGCGGAGAUCAUUGUCUGUAUAUUUAAGGGACCAAACUGCUAACAACAUACAGUUACUGUCAUGUAAAUGGUUGUAAAUAAACAG